AUGCCGGAGCUACGGCAUUACCCCCCUUCGUGGCGGCUGGAGAGCCGAGCCCAGGUCGUCGAUCUGGAGAGCGCCGUCAGGGACGGGGUCUUGGGCGGCGGGGCGGCCACCGGCGGCGGCGGGGUGGGGCUCCCCGCCGGCGAGAAGCUCGACCUGAGGGAGAUGAUCGAGGAGGCGACGGCGGCGGCGGAGGACGACAUCCCGGCGGUCUUCAUCUGCCCGAUCUCGCUGGAGCCGAUGGUGGAUCCGGUAACCCUCUGCACCGGCCAGACCUACGAGCGCUCCAACAUCCUGAGAUGGUUCUCCCUCGGCCACCACACCUGCCCCACCACCAUGCAGGAGCUCUGGGACGACGCCGUCACCCCCAACCGGACACUCCGGCAGCUCAUGCACGCCUGGUUCUCCCAGCGGCGUCACCACCGGAAGAAGCGCUCCGAGGACGUCCAUGGCCGGGCCGCGGACCUCCUCGAGACCCUCCGCAGGGCCAAGGGGAGGGCCCGUGUGCAGUUCCUCAAGGAGCUCCACGGCCUGGUCUCCGGCCACGGGGGUGGCGCCGCCCAGAAAGCCGUUGCCGACUCCGGCGGGAUCGGCUUCAUCUCCUCCCUCCUCGGCCCUUUCACCUCCCAUGCCGUCGGGUCCCUCGCCAUCGCCGUCCUCGCCCGCCUCCCCCUCGACUACGCCUCCAGGAAGAACCUGCUGCAACCCGCCAAGAUCUCCCUCCUAGCCGACGUGCUCAACGAGGGCUCCCCCGAGACCAAGCUCUGCUGCACCAGGCUCCUCGAGACCCUCCUCCAGAUGGACAAGCAGGAGGAAGAAGAAGAAGAGGUCGUCUCCAGCUUCAGCCUCCUGGUCGGACUGUUGAAGAUGGUGAAGGACAAGAGAUCGUCUCCGGAGGGGACCUCCUCAGGGCUCCGCCUCCUCCGGUUCAUAUGCUACUCGCACCACCAGGUCAGGCCCGUCGUCGUCUCCGUCGGGGCUGUCCCUUCCCUGGUGGAGCGCCUCCCCGAUCUGAACCGCGACUGCAUGGAAUCCGCAUGGGAGAUACUUUCUGCCCUAGCGGAGGCUCCCCAAGGCCUGCAGGCUCUGCGGAGCUGUUCUCAGGCGGUGCCCAACGCGGUUAGGGUCCUGAUGCGAGUGUCUGAAGCUUGCACGAGGCACGCGCUCUCCGUCCUGUCGGCGGUCUGCAAGAGUUCGCCGGAGGAAUGCGGGUCGCAGGCGGUGGAGGCGGGGCUGGCGGCGAAGCUGUUGCUGGUGAUACAGAGCGACUGCAGCGCGCCACUGAAGCAGAGGGCGGCGGAGCUUCUGAAGCUCUGCAGCCUCAACUACACGGCCGCCCUCUUCAUUUCCAAGUGCAAGCUCACCAGAACAAUUCAGUGA